AUGGUGACAAGGGUUGUGCUGAAGUUGAUGGAGCCACUCCUUGUAAAGGGGUACUGCGUGACCAUCCACAACUUCUACACACCGCCAGAGCUUGUUGAUGCCUUCAUCAAGAACUACACAGAUAUGUAUCAAACCGUGCGAGCCAACAGGAAGGAUAUGCCACCCGAGUUUUUUGCACCUAAGCUGAAGAGAGAUGACGCGCACGCCGAAGAGCGUGGUGACUCUGUCGCUCUCCAGCGGCGAGACAAUAAAGUUGUCACUGUAAUAAGCACUCUACACAGUCCAGAAAUAGAAGAGUUCUCGGACACAGGAGGACGAGACGUAGUCAAGCCUAGCACUAAGGGGGAGUGCAACCACAUAAUGAGGGGAGUAGGCAAGUGCGACCAAAUGCUUGCUAACUACCCUGUGACAAGGAAAGGACAAAAUAUAUGUUAA